AUGGGUGAUUUGAUCGGUUUCGAAGGAUAUCUCAACGCGUCGACCCCGUUCCGGACCGAUGAGCACAAGGUUCAGUGGAAGACGUCUCGGCGAUAUCUCGAUUUCGACAUCGGCAACGAGUACAACGAAUCCUGCGAGUACCCGGCUUUCUGGUUCGAAGAUGGCAAGCCCGUCGGCCAAGAUGUUGUGUCACAGCUGAAGGGCUGCUACAACAGUGAUUUCGACCAAUACGGUGACAUUGAAGCUUUCGGCGUUUUCCCUGACUGGCAGCGUCAAUUGGCAAAGUUCGCGUCCGUGCAGGACCGUCUUCGUGAAUGGGUUCCCUCCGUCCGUCAGCGUCUCGAGCUCUACUCCUGCAUGACCAUUCAGAUGCUCGAUAUCGACGGGUUCCGUAUCGACAAGGCCGUCCAGGUCACCGUCGAUGCACAGGCUGAAUGGAGUACUGCUAUGCGAAAGUGCGCAUCGGAUCUCGGCAAGGACAACUUCAUGAUUGUGGGUGAAAUCACCAGUGGUAACACUCUGGGGUCCAUUUAUCUUGGACGCGGACGAACCCCGGAUAUGGCCUCCGCUUUAAAACUCGCCGACGCUGUGGCCUUGGAUUCUAAAAGCACUUCUACGUCUGGCAGCUUCAUCCGUGAGCAUGGAAAGAGUGCGCUUGAUGCUGGUGCCUUUCACUACUCCAUCUACCGUUUCAUGACCCGUUUCCUCGGCUUGAGCGGUAAUCUCGAGGCUGGAUACGAUCUACCGACCGACUGGGUUCAGACCUGGAACCAAAUGAUUUUGACCAACGACUUUUACAACGCGAACACGGGCGAAUUCGAUCCCCGCCACUUGUACGGUGUAACCAACCAGGACGUUUUCCGCUGGCCUGCCAUUGAGCUUGGGACGGAGCGCAUGCUUCUCGCCUACUUCAUUACUACCAUGCUUCUUCCCGGCGCUCCCCUGGUUUACUACGGUGAGGAGCAAAACUUCUACGUUUUGGACAACACUGCCGAGAACUACGUUUUCGGUCGUCAAGCAUUUUCCGCCGCCCAGGCGUGGAAGGUUCACGGGUGCUACGCAGGCGAUAACUCCGUCUACGUCGGCUGGCCCGUAACCAAGGGCAAACUGGGCUGCGAAGACGAGACCGUGGCUUACGAUCACCGUGACCCCUCAGCCUCGAUUCGCAAUUGGAUGAAACGCCUCUUCUCUUUCCGCGACGAGUACCCCGUCCUUGAGGGUGGCUGGCUCCUCGAGCAGCUCUCCAACAAGACCCACGGUAUCCAAUAUAAUGGCAGUAGCGUCGCGACCCAGACAGGAAUCUGGAGUGUCGCGCGUGGCUACUUGGGCAACCAGAACAAGACGGGUGACCCAGUCUGGCUGGUUUACCACAACAGCCCCAACGAGACGACCUACGAGUUCGACUGCAGCAAAGAGGCGGACGCCUUCCUUUCGCCUUUUGACGGCAACACCAAGGUCAGAAAUCUAUUCAGCACCGAUGCCGCCAUCACUCUUGAAAGCUCGACCAAGGAGAAUGGAUUCAAGGGUGCUGGCCACAAGGCCGGCUGCAUCAGCAGCAUCACCAUGUCGCCCUUUGAGUUCCGAGCCUACGUUGCCGAGAAAAGCUGGCUGGAUAUCGCGCCUGCCAUCACCGGUUUCGAACCUGGCCAUGACGCUCCCAUCGACUCAACCGACGCCAACGGCAAGAUUCCCAUUGCCUUCAAGUUUUCGACCGACAUGGACUGCGACACCGUCACCAAGGCCAUCUCCGCCUACGUUACUGUUGACGCGAACACCAUAAACAACGUCACCUUCGACACCCCCGUCUGUGGUGCUAUGGACCCAAUCGAGAAGGAUUCAUUUAUUGGCGCCGUCGCCUCUGUGUGGAAGUGGUCUGCCAACCUCCAGAACGUUCCCGACGGCAUCGUCAAGAUCACUGCCAACAACGUCACGGCGCCUGGCGGAAAGAGUACGAACGCCAUUGACCACUUCCUUAUCCGCUUCGGCAAGCAGUAUAACCCCGUUGUAUUCCCCGCUACCGCCAACUACUCGCGAUCGCUCAUGGAGGAGAGCAAUGGUGUAUACUACAUCAACCACGCCGCUCCUGGUGCCACCAAAUGGCGUUACAGCACCAACUGGGGCUCGACUUGGAGCAAUUGGCAGUCGUACACCGGUGCCAAGCAGCGCAUGAUUCCCCAAGCUUGGGAUGGGACUGAACUCCAGAAGUGGGAGGGCGAGCAUCUCAUGGUUCAGUACUUCAGCAAGCCUCUCGGUUCGUCUUCCUUCAUCCAGCACUCCGACAGCAGUGACAUCCCCUUUUCUCGCCGCUGGCCUCACAUUUUCCUCCAUGGACCCUUUAACAAGUGGGGUUACGAUGCUGGUCUGCCAAACUUGAUGACUCAGGUCGAAAACAACCUCUGGGAGCUGCACUUCAUGUACGAAUGGCCCGCCCAGGUCCAAUUGAACCUUUGGGGCAUUAACCCCGACAACCAACCUGAUGCCUCCUUCAUCUACGGCGAUCCCAACGGCGACGGUGUCCUUGACCGUCUGCCCCCGAGCAGUUUGUCCGACAACGUGGUCAACCUGACCUCGCCGCCACCGAUGCCCGCGCUCUCCUACAAGCUGGUUAUCAACGACGCCAACUGGAACUACGUCGCCGUUCCCCAGGGCAACAUGUGGAUCCAGAUUAUCUUCUUCUUCCUCCUUGGUCUCAUGCCCAUUGUCCUCGCAGGAUUGGCCGGCUGGAUCUACAUGAAGGGUUUCUACCAGGUCAAGAUUAACAAGUCAGGAUUCUCCAAGAAGGGUUGGUUACCACUCAAGCUCGGGAAUGAGUCCAACAUUAACUUCGGCGAAAAAGGCAAAAGUCUCGAGAUGUCCCAAAUUCCUCCCUCCCCUCUCGCCACGCCAGCUGCCGCAGCGGCCGCCGGCGGCGCCCCCCGAAGGAAGGUCCUCAUCGCCACCAUGGAGUACAACAUCGACGACUGGAAGAUCAGCAUCAAGAUCGGUGGUCUUGGUGUCAUGGCCAAGCUCAUGAGUCAAGCGCUCACCCACGUGGAUCUUAUCUGGGUUGUCCCCUGCGUCGGCGACGUUGAAUACCCCGUGGAGAACGAGGCCGAGCCGAUGUUUGUCGAAGUCAUGGGCGAAUCCUUCGAGGUCAAGGUCUACUACCACGUCCACAAGAACAUCACGUACGUUAUCCUCGAUGCUCCCAUCUUCCGCCAGCAAACCAAGGCCGACCCCUACAUCGCUCGCAUGGAUGAUCUCGAGAGUGCCAUCUUGUACUGUGCCUGGAACAGCUGCAUUGCUGAGUCGAUCCGCCGCUUCAACGUUGACAUCUACCACAUCAACGAUUACCACGGUGCUGCCGCGCCCCUCUACCUCCUCCCGGAAACUAUCCCUGUCUGCUUAUCUCUGCACAAUGCCGAGUUCCAGGGUAUGUGGCCCAUGAGAACCGAGGAGGAGCAGAAGGAAGUCUACAGCGUCUUCAACCUUCCAGCCAAGGUCGUCAAGGACUACGUCCAAUACGGUUCGGCUUUCAACCUUCUGCACGCCGCCGCCAGUUACCUCCGUAUUCACCAGCGCGGUUUCGGUGCUGUCGGUGUGUCCAAGAAGUACGGUGACCGCUCCCUCGCUCGUUACCCCAUUUUCUGGAGUUUGAAGAACAUUGGCCAGCUGCCUAACCCCGAUCCCUCCGAUACUGGCGAAUGGAACCCCGAGGAGGAUAUCUCUAACCACCAGGACGACAUCAAGAUCGACGAGACCUUCGAGGCCAACCGAGCCACUCUCCGAAGACAAGCCCAGGAGUGGGCCGGUCUUGAGGUUAACCCCAACGCCGAUCUUUUCGUCUUUGUCGGUAGAUGGAGUUUGCAGAAGGGUGUCGAUUUGAUUGCCGAUCUUUUCCCUAGCAUUCUCGAGAAGUACCCCUCUGUCCAGCUCAUUUGCGUCGGCCCCGUCAUCGACUUGUACGGCAAGUUUGCGGCCCUGAAGCUCAACAAGCUUAUGGAGAAGUACCCUGGCCGUGUCUUCAGCAAACCUGAGUUCACCCAGCUGCCUCCCUACAUCUUUAGUGGUGCUGAGUUUGCCCUCAUUCCUUCUCGUGAUGAGCCCUUCGGUCUGGUCGCCGUCGAGUUCGGCCGUAAGGGUGCCCUGGGUGUCGGUGCCCGUGUCGGUGGUCUUGGUCAGAUGCCCGGUUUCUGGUACACUGUCGAGUCCAUGAGCCCGACCCAUUUGCUCCAACAGUUCAAACAAGCCAUUGCCUCUGCCCUCAGCUGCAAGCCUAGAAAGCGAGCCCUCAUGCGCGCCUGGAGCGCCAAGCAGCGUUUCCCCGUCGCGCAGUGGAUCAGACAACUAGACACGCUCUACAAUGACUCGAUCAAGAUUCACAACAAGGAGGCUGCCAAGCAGAAGAAGGCUGGCGGCAUCCGCAACCUGACCGAUUCUUCUCUGAGAUCAAGCGUCGCUGUCAGCGAGUACGGUGCAGAACUCACCCCUACCGGUUCAAGAGCCCCGUCGCCCCUUCCUCCUCCGAGCCGCAUUGCCAGCCCCGCGGGCCGUAUCAACUCGCCUGACCUCGGCACACCCAACAUGCCGUGGACCAACAUUCCUUCUUCCCGCCGCAGCUCUUUCUCGAGCUCCAUUGGUGGCCGAGACAGCAUGCUGGCACCUCGUGAGAGCAUGUUUGGUGCGGGUCGUGAGAGCAUGGUCAGCGUGGACAGUUUCGCCAUGCGCGCCCAGAACGACCCGUCUCCCCAAACCCCCGGCUUCGAUGGUCUCGGUCUGCCUCAACCAAGCUUCUACAAGCAGCAGCGCAACAGCUCUCAGCUGUCUCUGCCUGAUGUCGUCGGUGACCGCCACGAUCUCAAGCUGCAAAACGUGGACCAGAACUUCACUGAUAAGAACGGCGAGUUUUACGCGGAGUUUGAGCAGAUGCUCAACAACCUGACGGCCAAGAACUCGGGCAACGAUCUCUGCAUUGAGAACUUCCUCAAGAAGAGUGAGAAGAAGUGGUUCGCGAGAUACCGUGACGCCAAGCUUGGCCGGAGAGAUCAUAGCCGGUCGAGAAGUCCCGCGCCCAGCCGUCCAGGCUCGAGCAAGGGUCUUGGUGCCAAGUUUGAUGAUGAGCGUGGUCGUAGCCGCACACCGAGCGGUCUCACCGGUGCCUCUCGUUACGAUGACAGUCCCGUCGACGACGAAUUCCUGUUGGGUGACAACUACAACGCGCCCACAGGUCUCAAGAAGUGA